GGACACCAGCAUAUCCCAUCUACAAUUUUGAAGAGGCUCGGCGCCACUAAUCCAUACCUUCACCCCGCCGUCUUCCCUAGACGCAACCUUGGCCACAGCCACCAAGAUGUCAACACCAGAGGUCAACGGGUCGGGCCGUUCGCAAGAAGCCGCCAAAGACAGUGCUCAGUCCUACUCCUCCGAAGCAAGGGAACCACUGGCACACUCUACCAAUCCCAACUCGCGGCCUGGUAUCACUUUUGCCCACCAAGACAAGCUCCCCAAACUUCCAAUCCCAGAACUUGAGAGCUCGUUGCAAAAAUACGUCGCCGCCUUGAAGCCUUUACAAUCGCCCAAGGAGCAUAACGACACCACCAUAUCGAUCCAAGAGUUCUUGAAGUCCGAUGGACCAGUGCUCCAGGAGAAGCUCAAGAAAUAUGCAAGUGCCAGGGCCAAGAUACCGACUGAGAAUGGAUGCCAGAUUGGCCAGGAUCCAACGUCGAAGCACAUUGUUGUCAUGUGCUAUGGCCAGUUCUACUGGUUUGAUGUUCUCGAUGACAAUAACGACCUGAUCAUGAGCGAAAAAGAUGUGGCACUGAACCUGCAAGUUAUUGUUGAGGAUGCACAAGAAAUGCCCAUCCAAGACGCUGCGAAGGGAGCGCUGGGAGUGCUGAGUACGGAGAACCGGAAAACCUGGGCCGGACUUCGCGAUGUUCUCCACCGGGAAGAAGGUUCGAACAACUCCGACAGUCUGAACAUUGUCGACUCGGCCCUUUUCAUUUUGUGUUUGGAUUAUACCGAGCCCCAAACAGGUGCUGAUCUGUGUAUGAACAUGCUAUGUGGUACCAGCAAAGUGGAACGAGGUGUUCAGGUUGGUACCUGCACCAAUCGAUGGUACGACAAGCUUCAGAUCAUCGUCUGUAAGAACGGAAGUGCAGGUAUCAAUUUCGAGCACACCGGUGUCGAUGGCCACACCGUUCUACGCUUUGCCUCGGAUGUUUACACUGAUACCAUCCUUCGCUUUGCCCGGACCAUCAAUGGCAGUGCACCCAGUCUGUGGGCGUCAAGUAGUCCCGAUCCGGCGAAACGGGACCCCGAUAGCUUUGGUGACGUCCAAACAACUCCCCAUAAGCUUGAAUGGGACAUGGUGCCAGAGCUCAGCACUGCCCUACGAUUUGCGGAAACUCGCCUGGCCGAUCUCAUUCAGCAGAAUGAGUUCGCAACUCUGGAGUUUCCCCACUAUGGAAAGAACUUUAUGACCUCGAUGGGCUUCUCUCCUGACGCCUUCGUGCAAAUGGCGUUCCAGGCUGCCUACUUUGGCUUGUACGGUAGAGUUGAGUGUGUCUACGAGCCAGCAAUGACAAAAGUCUUCUACCAUGGACGGACCGAGGCUAUUCGCUCUGUGACGGAAGAGUCUGCUGAGUUUUUGAAGACCUUCUGGGGCGAGAAGCCAGCAGCAGAAAAGAUCGAGGCUCUGCGUAAAGCUUGCAAGAAGCACACCGAGAACACAAAGAUAUGUGCGAAGGCAGAAGGACCAGAUCGUCACCUAUACGCCCUGUACUGCAUAUGGCAACGUGCAAUUGAUGAUUCUAACGAGAUUUCCAGCAGCGAUGGCUGGGACUCGACUCCUCGCCACCAGCACCAAUGCAGCACUCCAUGCCUGCCCUGUUCGCCGACGCCGGGCUGGGACAAGAUCAACAACACCAUUCUUUCCACCUCAAACUGUGGUAACCCUUCGCUCCGCCAGUUCGGCUUCGGGCCAACGUCAGCAGACGGAUUCGGUAUCGGAUACAUUAUCAAAGACGGCAGCAUCUCGAUCUGCGCAUCUUCCAAGCACCGCCAAACCUCGCGCUACAUCGACGCCCUAGAAUCAUACUUCCUCGAAAUCCGGAAACUCCUGCGCCAGAUCAAGCGCCGCGGAACCUCGGCCGACAAGACCGCCUCCCGCGCCCGCGAAGCAGAAGACCGACCCAGCGCCAGCCGCAUGAAGAGCCGCGGUCGCAUCAUCCUCGGAGAAACCGGAAAGACGGCAACGCCCAGUGAAAGCAUCGUCGAUGAAGAAGACGACGAUGGACUCGGUGGAUAUGGCUUCUUCGACGCAGGCAUGCUGCAACAAGCGCUCAAAGCGAACCGAAGCGAGGCCGAUCCCGCUGCCGAGCGGGAGGUGAUACGCAGGAAUAUCGGACGACGGUUGAAGUUGGCGGAGUACUAGAUGGGGGAUGUGGAUUUUGUGGUAGGCAGGGCAUGGAAUCAUGUAUUGAGAGAAUGAUAA